UAAUCGAUUAUUCUGGGUUUGACUUCCGGCUGGCUGCCGCUGACAUGGCGACGCCGAAAGAGGAGGCACGUGGCCUUUUCAGGCAGGGCGUGCAAGCGGUGUUGGACGGCUGGGCCGUGUUGCAGAUAGCUGUUGAAAAUGGCUUUGGAGGGGCACAUAGCCAAGAGAAAGCUGAAUGGAUGGUGGGGGCUGCGGAGCAAUACUUCGAAAGCAAUGCUGACCUUGAACCAGAGGAGAUAGAGGACUUCCUUGCCGAAUUGAUGAACAACGAAUUUAACACUAUAAUAGAAGAUGGAAGCUUGGCUCAGGUAAGCCAGCAACUGUGCCUAUUUUUCAGACAGAGCCAGCAGGGAGAUAUAGCGGUAAUGCAUGAUGCCAUUAUCCAGUUGGCACAGAAGAAACAAGAGACUAGGAGGGCAGUUGCCAAAUCUCAGCCAGCUGCAGAAAGCAGCAGUGAAGAAGAAGAAAAAGAAGAAGAGGCCAUGGACUGCAGUGCUGGUUCCAGCAUGAACGGAAUACAAAGCAAUCCGUCUCCCCUGUCAGGUGGGACCACUGAAGAUGGAUGGAUGCUGGUGACGAGGAAAAAAAAAUGAAGGGGAAAAAAACUACGGCAGAUGGGACAGAUGCAGCAGCGAACUCUCCGUGCUGCCAAGCCUUGAAUUUUUUCUAUAGGACACAUGAUAGGCUCCCACAGAAGCCUGGGCACAUUGGAAGCACUUUGUUGACUGUAUCUUUGCUCCUGACUUAACAGAGGCUGAAUGGAAUUCAAGUUGGCAUAAAAUAUUUUUAAUCUUUAAAGUUUCUUUCCCCUCAAAAUCGGAGGAUGUUCUAACCUUCCUGGAGUUUGAAAUGAACAUUGAACAAUAGUGUGGGUUCUUUGACAGAGAAAGUUCUCCUGCGGUGUCCUGUUCAUCGAUCAUCUUGUUCAAGUCAUGGGAGGCGACUAUUUCCGCUCCUUCCGGGAAGGCAAAAUCUAAUCAACUUUACUACGCAAAGAAAGGACUGCAUUUGCUCUUACUCAAAGAAGAAAAAAAAAGAGUGUAACAGAAAAAAAUCUUGUAUUUUUUAAAAAAAAGAACAAUGAAAAACAAAAUACAACAAUGAAACAAAAAGUAAAAUGGACAAUACACAAAUCAUGAUGGUAGGACACAGGAAGUUUUGGUCAAUAAAAGCUUCCCUUCCCCUAACCUUUGCAGUGGCCAGCCACUAUACAAGAGCAACAAUAAAAUAUUAUUUUG